AUUCCUUUUUGUGAGGGGACAAUUUACAACUUGGUAAUAGACCUUUUUAUGUGCCUCCAUCGCCUGUCAUUGGAUGCCACUGGUCAUGUGCGAGAGGCAAACGUCUUCAUGGCCCUUUUCCUGAUUUCCCUGGCGAUUUCCCCCCACUGCAUUCUGUAUCACGUUGUCUAUGGUGUUAAACCGAUACACUACGGUCUGCUCUCUUAAAAAUCGCCUGCCAUUCGUUUCAUAAUUGUCUGAUCAGCGCAUAUUUUCCCGGCGCUGCGUCGUUUGUUUAAUUAAUUGUUUUUUCUUUUACUGGAUGACAAGAGAAGCGUUUCAACUUUAUCCACAUCCCACCUUCUUCAUUCACAGAGCUGUGCUGGCUCUUUCAGGCAAAAUGCACUGCCUGAGCAAACUUCAAAGAGCAAGCAUGGAGUACCUCACCGCCAUAGGUAAGAUUUCUUGUGCGAUAAUGGCGUUUAUUAGUUGGGCAUGUGUGAGAGCAUGUAAAGUUUGACAGCUUCCUGUUUCAUUGGUCAUGUAAAUGAGCUGCAAGGUAAUGGCACUCAGGUAAUUUGGUGAAGUCACAUGUUGCUGGGUGUGUUGGGAUUAAUUGUUUUUGUUUUUAGACAUGUUCAGUAACAGAAGUCUGGCCAUUAUAUUAUAAUGAUUAAAAAAACGUCCGUUUAGCCGGCAAGUUGCCUUUUAUAAUGCAACAACCACAGAGAAAUAUUUAAGAAGAUAUCAUAUGGAUUUCAAGUCGUUUCAUCAUGUUUAUUGAUGCCUUUUUAAAGCCUUAGAUGCACAAAUAGAAGUUGUUUCUGAGGUCACAGAUGGUGAUGUGUGAGCUGUGUUUUUGAUGCAGAGAAGUUUUUUUUCCACUGUGCACUGCAAGAGAGCUUUGUCUUUAACCGGUCAUUCCUUAUUUUGCUUUCAGCGUUAAGUUAUUGGUUGUAGACAGAUCCCAAUUCCAUCAGCCUCUACGAAUAAUUGUAGCUAUAUUAUCCCUCAUCUCUCAACCUGCUAGAAAAUCUGUAUUGGCGUAUUCAGGCCACCAUAUUCCAUCACACUGUUUCGCUUUAUAUGCUAAUAAAUGAGGGAUUAUACUCGAGACAAAGUUCAGUUAAUUUGCUUUAUGGAACGUAUACAAAGCCUGGCAGCAAAAGUUCAGUUUUCCUACUUGUUUUCAGCUGCCUGGAGAUGAGGCCAACUGAACAAAGACAGUAUUUCACUGUUGCCUGACAGGCAGCUGCGAAAGUAUUUACAGCCUUACUGCAAUGCGGCAAAAUGGACCCUGAAAGACAGGCACAAGCAGAAGCCUGAGAGAAUUACAUAGGACUCAGUCAUGAUCUUUUACAUUUUGACAGUGCAAAAAAAAAAAGAUCACACGUUUUAAGCGUUUUUUGUAAUGCACGCAAUUAUUUAGUAUAUGUGUGACCGCAGGCCCUCCACUAAUAUUUUUAUUAGUUUCCAUAAAUGGAUUUCCUCCCUUCACUCCUACUCAGCUCCUCUCAGACAUCCAGACUGUCUAGACCCUUUAGCAACAGACUUAUAUAAUCAUAAAAUAUAUUUUGUGAGAUUUCUUUUUUUUAAUUUUUUUUGCUCAAGCCAAGCCAUGUGAACCUAAAUGUGCUGUCAUUUGCCUUCUAUUUAAUAGUUUUAAUUGUUUUUUUGUUUCCACUUAGAUAAAUGAUGCUUUCAUUAACAAUGUUAAGUAUGAAUCAUCACCACAACAUCAGCAUUUUCAAUUUCAACAUCUACUUUGCAGUUUAUUACUACAGAUAUUCCCAUUAUAGUCUUUUUUAAAUGUUCACUCUACAAAUAGAGGAAAAUAUUUAGAUAUAAAUAUGCUAUGGUAAUUAUUCUGAAUUCAUAUAAUGUGUUUAAAGAGCUUGACUAAACCUAGUUUUGAAUUAGCUUGCAUUAGGCUACUUGCUUUGGAGGGAAUCAUUUAGAGGAGUAAUUGAGCAAAUUUUGAAAUCAGUGGUCUGCAUACCAACAGUAAAUCUCCUCUCCCCUCAUUCAAAACUUCAUCAACAGUUUGAUGAAACACAGGAUUGGGUGAAAUAACUGGUUUGUGUAUGUUUUAUAUAUUUAUUUAUUUAUUUAUUGUAUUUAUUACAGUGGAACUGUGGAGAGGCCUUUAUCAUGCCAGCAGAAGGCGCUGUUGCCCAACAGUCAGAUUCUCUGGUCCCAUUUAGCAAUCCUUUUACUAGCAUGCUCUUUGGUGCUGUAAGUAGAUGAGGCGGGAAUCACGUGAUCCAGUUCGUUUUCUUUCUAAAAGUUGUUUUGGUGCCAGAAAAGUCACCCAUGUGGCGCGCAUGGGCACUAGAUACGUUAAAGGCUGCUAUCAAAUGAGAUCAGCCAUUAAGAUUAUACAAUGGUGCAUUUUGUGCUGGUUUGGAAAUCCUCCAAAUAUUCAUGUCUGUCAUCUUUCCCCAGCAAACAGUCAUUCAAUAAUCGUAAACUGUGUCCUCGUGAUAAACAGGAUGAUUCAAUUAAAACGACUUUAUUUACAAGUUCAAAACAGUUCGAGGAAACAUGAAAACUAGAAGCAGGGGUUAUGUGUAGGCAGAAUUUGAAUCUGCAAGGAAGGAAAAGCUUUUAUGAAGACAUACAUGUAAGAAAAUUCAAAUCCUCUGAUCUGCUGCCCUCACAUUUAUUAUACCUGCCGCACUGUGGCAGCCACUCAAACCUCAACAUGGUCUGCUCUCUCCGGUUAGGUCAGAGCAGGGGGAGGAGGAGGAGCAAAAAGCAUUGCACUCUGGGAUUGGCCCGGAAGAAUGAAUGACAUCAGUCCUAUUGUGACAGGUUCACUGGACAGAAAAAAAAAUGUAUUCGGGCACCAAUCAGUGACGCGUAGUGGUUCAUUUGUUAACACUUUAGAGGUCAAAAGGCGUCAGAUUUCAGGAGAUUUAAAUAUUGAAAUUCUCGAUUUCAGUAGUUUUGAUUCCAUCACACCUCAAUAUUAAAAUGAUUAAAAUGAAUAUUUAAGAUGACCAGGAUACUUUGGUGUUUGUUCAUGGAAGUUUAAAGCUCGCACAUAUUUUUCUCCCCAGUUUUCACGGUAGGAAUAAAACAUGCUAUUCUGUCACGGCUUGCAAUUGUACCACUUUCUGUUGUGACUGUUACAAAAUCCCUUCCGCUUCCCUGCUUCCUCAUUUCCACGACUUUUCCUCAGUGCACAUCAGUGCAAUCGCUAUUAUUGAGUAAGUGCAACUUUCAGGGUUAUUUAUGGGCCUGCGCCCUGUUGUGAAUGGCUGUGAGGAAACACGUGAUGCCAUUAAACUUUGUUUUAUGGCCUGGGACUUGACAAGCCAAAAUAUAAUUCUCAUUGUGUAUUAGUAAGACAGUCCAGAUGGAAUAGAGCCUCAAUUGACAUGGAACUCUACCGGACUGACUUUUCCCCUUCAGCAUGGAUGCGUUUGUUGGACUGCGUGUCAUCUGUUGCGGUUUCCGCGGUCGAGAUGGAAGCAGUGGUGAAUGCUUGAGGGGUAUAAAACAGAUCUGCGCAGAUUUCGGUCACAGAGUGGAGCAGCGGUGGGAAACACCAAUCACGUAAAUAAACAACACUCAUGCAACUGGAUAAAGCUUCACUGGCUUACUGGCUUUGAAUCCACAAAAUGCAGAAAGCAACAUACUACGACAACUCUGGACUUUUUGGAGGCUACACCUACCCCAAACCAGACUCUUACAACUAUGGGCCCGCACACCAGUCCUAUCCUACUUCAAACAUAGACAGCGACUACCAGGGCUCAGUUUGUCCCAUUCAGACAGCUGCAGUCCGGCCACCAGCCCUAAAAGACAGUGACCUGAACGGAGACUGCAUGCGACAAAGCAGCAGUCAAAAUAACAACAACAACCAAGCGACUAGUAUUUCAGAGCAGCAGGCUCCUCCACUGUCUGCAUCUUCCCCUAGCUCCAACAGCUCUGCAUCUCAGAAGAAGAAAUCCCCAUCCAGCAGUGCUUCCAGCAGUGCCACACCAGCCCUCACCAAGCAGAUAUUCCCCUGGAUGAAGGAGACCCGACAGAACUCAAAGCAGAAGAACUCAAACAACUGUGCCACCGCAGGUGGUGAAGUGAGUGAUGAAAAAAGCCCACCGGGACCAGCGUCCAAACGGGUCAGAACUGCUUACACCAGCGCGCAACUUGUGGAGCUGGAGAAGGAGUUUCACUUUAACCGCUAUCUUUGUCGUCCUCGGAGGGUGGAAAUGGCAAAUCUGUUGAAUCUCACCGAGCGCCAAAUAAAGAUCUGGUUUCAAAACAGGAGGAUGAAAUACAAAAAGGACCAGAAGUCUAAAGGGCUGGCGCACUCCCCCCUGGGACAUUCCCCGGAUAGAAGCCCGCCGCUGAGUGGCCCAAAUCACAUUGGAUACUCUGGCCAGCUCCAAAAUGUGAACAGCCUCAGCUAUGACGCACCCUCACCCCCGUCCUUUGCCAAACCCCAGCAAAAUAUGUACGGCUUGGCCGCGUACACGGCACCCUUGGGUGGCUGCAUCCCACAACAGAAGAGAUACCCGGGCUCCGAGUACGAACACCACGGCAUGCAGAGCAACGGCAGCUUUGCCAACGCCAAUUUGCAAAGCAGCCCCGUUUACGUGGGUGGGAAUUUUGUUGAUUCCAUGCCAGCCUCGGGCCCCAUGUUCAACCUCGGCCAUCUUCCCCACCCCUCAUCCACCAGUGUGGACUACAGCUGUGCCGCACAGAUCCCAGGAAACCACCACCAUGGACCCUGUGAUCCCCAUCCCACAUACACAGACCUCACCUCUCACCAAGCGUCUCAGGGAAGGAUUCAGGAAGCGCCUAAACUGACGCAUUUGUAAUAUGUGGUUUCGCGUGUGUGCGUGUGCGUGCGCGUGUAUGUUUGCGUGUGUGUGUGCCAAGAUUAUGUUGCGCUCUUUUUUUAUUACCUCACUAGUCUAAUAACUACACUCCAAGCGAGUCGUGUGUAUUAUUACAGUAUUAUUGAUAUUACUAUUAAUGCUAUUGUGUAAUUAUUUUCUAAAUAAUACAGCUUUGUCCAUUUCUCUUGAAUAUUUGGGGAUGCGGAGAAGCAGAUAGCCCGGUUGUCAGUAGUUCUUUUUUUGUUCUUGUUUUUUCUCAAGUGCAAUGCGCAAUUGUUUUUUUUUUCUUUUUGACUGAGUAUUUCAUGCCAUUACUUGAAGGUAAGUCUUGUAGAUCACAAAAAUAGAAGCGCAUCCUUAGCGAGAAGGAUUUUUAGGGAAGUUUUUUGUCUGUUUGUUAGGCUCUCAUUUCCCCCCGCGCACACCCCAAUUUAUUUAUUGUUUUGUAUUUUUCUUUUGAUUUGCAUAAUCUUUUGUACUAGCAUAUAGCCUAUUUAUUAUUUAAUUACUUUUGUAUUGCACAUUAUUUAUCGUUUAUAUGCGAGUAUUUAUACGUGUGGAGUUUGUUGUAAGAUUGGACAGAUCAGUGCACUUGGAAGUGUGGGCAAAACAGGGUUUGGAAAAUGCUAUGACUCGCAAUGUGUUGUUGGUAUAUAAAAAAGAGCAUUUCUAAUUGUAAAUCUGGGACAAAUGGGACAUUUUAUAGUGUAUAAACAUCACUAUAUGUCCAUGGUUAUUCUUGUGUCAAAUCUUAAGCAAAACGUAGACUAUCGAAGUAUCAAAUAUUAUACACACCAGCAUGUCAUUUUGUGUAGUCCAUUGCUAUUUUUUAUUUGUCUUCCAUUGUUAUUCCAUUCAGUUGGAUAUCCAUAAAUUUAUGAAACCCUAAUGAUAUUGAAAUGUUAUAUUUUAUUGUGUUCAACAUUUUGUAAAUAAAGUGCUUAAACUUCGUUUUUUAUUGCAUUUUGUUGAUUUCCUUUUCUUUUCCCCCUUCUUUCUUUUUCAACAAACCCUGCAGCAGGAACUCUGGUUACCCUGCAGCUUCUCAUUAUUUUUAAUUUCUCAUUCAGCUGCUGCUGUUGCUGCCAGUGAAUCUGUCAGGUAACUGUGCCGAGGAGGCGUAUUGACCCACAGCUUUACUGUACAGCCUAAACGGGGAGAGACAAUCAAUAAUUAGACACCAGGAUAUCUAAAACUCAUCAGACGGCUCUAUGCUUCCAAUGCAAAGUGCAUUUCAGCGGAAUAAAAGGCUCUGGAGGUUAUUGAUGUUUUAUUGGUAUGAGGGAAGUGAGUCUACGGGCUUAUUGCAUCUUCCACAUGUCACUUAUCUUCUUCUUUUUUUUUUUUUUAGAGACGGCCACAUGAUUAGCCUCCUGCUUGCUGAGACAAGAAAAUAAGCUCAAUUUUCCAGCAAAGACCAAAGCCUAAUCACUGACUACUG